CUGUAUCCUGGUAGUAAUCUCCAACACAUGGAGCCAAGGAACCUUACAGCCAUUUCAGAAUUUCUUCUUCUGGGAUUUUCAGAGGAACCAGCAUUCCAGCCCCUCAUAUUUGGGCUUUUCCUCUCCAUGUACCUGAUCACUGUGUUUGGGAACCUGCUCAUCAUCCUGGCCGUCAGCUCUGACUCCUGCCUCCACACCCCCAUGUACUUCUUCCUGGCCAACCUGUCCUUUGUGGACAUCUGCUUCACGUCCACCACUGUCCCGAAGAUGCUUUGGAACAUCCAGACACAGAGCAAACACAUAACCUAUGAGAACUGCAUCACACAGAUGUAUUUUUUCCUACUCUUCGCGGGAUUGGACAACUACAUCCUGACCGUGAUGGCCUAUGACCGAUUUUUGGCCAUCUGUCACCCCCUGCACUACACGGUCAGCAUGAACCCCCGGCUCUGUGGGCUGCUGGUUUUGGUGUCUUGGAUCAUGAGUGUCCUGCAUUCCUUGUUACAAACCUCAGUGGUGCUGCGACUGUCCUUCUGUACAGACUUGGAAAUCCCUCACUUCUUCUGUGAAAUUAAACAGGUGGUCCAACUUGCCUGUUCUGACACCUUUCUUAAUGACAUGGUGAUGUAUUUUGGAGCUGGGUUGCUGGGUGGGGGCCCCCUUGCUGGGAUCCUUUACUCUUACUCUAAGAUAGUUUCUUCCAUAUGUGGCAUCUCAUCAACUCAGGGCAAGUAUAAAGCAUUUUCCACCUGUGCAUCCCACCUUUCUGUGGUCUUCUUAUUUUACUGUACAAGCCUAGGUGUGUACCUUAGCUCCACUGCUACCCAGAGCUCCUACUCGGGUGCCACGGCCUCGGUGAUGUACACGGUGGUCACGCCCAUGCUGAACCCCUUCAUCUACAGCCUGAGGAACAGAGACAUAAAGAGGGCUCUGAAAAAAUCCUUUGGAAAGGAAACUAUGAAAGGACCAAUUGCCCUGGGGCAAUUGCACCUGAUGGCAGAACUCAAAGCUUGA